UUGACGAGUGUCAAGCUCCAAAACUUACAGCAUUGUUAAUUAACAAAAGCAAAAUACUAUAUACAGGAAGCAGCACAAUGAGUGUGCAGCAAUUUGAACAGGAAGUGUUAAAGGCUCACAAUGUGCUGAGAGCUGAACAUGGCGCUGCUCCUUUACGCUUAAGCAGCAAACUUAAUCAAGUUGCUAGAGAGUGGGCACAGCAUCUGCUGGCAAUUAAGCGCAUGGAGCAUCGUCAAAAUUCUGGCUAUGGUGAGAACAUCUAUUGGUCAUCGGGUGCCAAGCGUACGGGUGCGGAUACAGUGCAGAGUUGGUAUGAUGAAAUUAAAUUGUAUGAUUGGUCACGCCCUGCAUUUCGCAGCGGCACUGGUCACUUCACGCAGCUGGUGUGGAAGGACUCGACUGAACUGGGCGUGGGCUUGGCCACACGCGGCAAUGAAAUGUAUGUGGUCUGCAACUAUAACCCACCGGGCAAUUAUGCCAAUAGAUUUGCAGCGAAUGUGUUGCCCAAGUCAGGCCAACGGCAGAGUCAGCGUCAGAGUCAGUCAGAGCUUGCUACAGUGCAACCAAACAGACUUGUUACAAGAAGCACAAAUGUUAGCUAUGACGUCAGUGGUUAUGUGCAAACAUUUCAACAUUAUGAACUAGUUCAAAAGCAUACAAAAUAUUAAAUAAUUGCAGCUAAAAAUGUGUAGCAUACUCUAAGGCGCAAAGAAUAUUUCUAAGAAUUCAUUAUACACUUCACAUGCAUUUGCAUACUAACAAGUAUUAUA